AUGAGAAAAUAUUUGGUCGAACGAGAUCGUCCAGUCGAAAUAGACGUUCUCAGAUUCCUAAAGUGUCGUCUAGAUUUUAUGUGGUUCUGUUCCCUAAAUCUUCGAAAAACCCCUUCCAAGCCUUCUUCAAAAUUUUCCGAUAUUCUCUCAUUGAUCGUUUAUGAUUCCCAAGACAGUGAGGAAGACCACUUGCGUCGUCUCUGCAGGAUUUUUGUGAGACGUGCAAUUGACCAGAAACAAGAACAAAUUGAUGUCGUCGAAAAAGAAAAGGAUGUUAUUAAAGUCAACAAUUAUUGUGUCACAGAUUUGAAGAAUGCUUGUGAUGAUUACAUUAUAAAGUAUUUUACCACCGAAGCGGGAUACAAUCAGGUGCACACCCACACCGACGUUAAACUGGUGCUUGGCUAUUUGGCAUGCGGAUUUGCAUUAUCCGGUGGAUAUUACGGUUACAUGGUUCCAUUUGAAGAAUCUAAAAAACUCACGUUAAUUUGUAUUUUAGCCUACUUUAUCUUAAAUUCCAUAUUAUUCGUAUACGCAUUUGUCUUUGAGAAAGACGUAUUGUUCGUGGGUUGUGAUUCUAAUUUCAAAAUAUCCAUUCACACUAACGCCAAACGGAGCUCGGAUAUCUAUACCAUAAAAUUUGAACUUGUCGAGGAGAAAAAAAUCAAUCGGGUAUCAAAUUACAGCAUAUCAAAAUCGUUUGGAAGUUGGUUUGAUGUGAAUGGGGUGAUGGAUCAAGAGAGAUUUGAGAGAACACUCAACGAAAGUCUCGAGGUAGUCAAAACUGGCAAGAAGCCACACGAUCAGUGA